CUCCAUUUCGAUCUGCCAACGUCUCUUUCCCUGCCGACGAGCAACCAAGACCUCAGUCCAGAACCCUCUCUUCACUCUCUCUCAGCCCUCGUCUGUUUGUGUGCCUCCAUCUCAACCGGACUCACCAUGAGCUACAGGUCAAGCACCGCCACCUUCACCCGCUCCACCCCGCCCUACCGCGCAGCCAGCACUUAUGGUGGCGCAGGGGGCUCCGGGGCCCGCAUCUCCUCGUCCUCCUUCUCCAGCCUGCGCUCCGGCGCCCCCACCAUCUCCUCCUCCUCGGCCUACAGGGUGAGCAGCGGGAUGGGCGGCGGCGGCGGGAUGUCCGGAGGCUUCGGAGGAGCGGGAGCCGGAGCAGGGGCCGGUGCUGGCGGGGCCGGUGUGGGGAUCAUGGGCAACGAGAGGGGCCACAUGCAGAACCUGAACGACCGCCUGGCCACCUACCUGGACACGGUCAGGAGCCUGGAGAAGGCCAACAACGAGCUGGAGGUGAAGAUCAGAGAGGCGCUGGAGAAGGGAGGCCCCGAGAUGAGGGAGUACAGCAAGUACACACCCAUCCUCGAGGACCUGCGCAGACAGAUCUUUGACAAGACUCUGGACAAUGCCACUCUGGUGCUCCAGAUCGACAACGCUCGCCUGGCUACUGACGACUUCAAAGUAAAGUUUGAGAAUGAGACGGCCAUCCGCCAAUCGGUGGAGGCAGACAUCGGGGGGCUGAAGAAGGUCAUCGACGACACCAACAUGGGCAGGAUGAACAUCGAGAGCGAGAUUGAGUCGGUCAAGGAGGAGCUCAUGUACCUCAAGAAGAACCACGAGAACGAUCUGAUGGAGAUGAGGAGCCAGGUUUCCCACGGGGGCGUGCAGGUGGAUGUGGACGCUCCUAAAGGUCAGGAUCUGGCCCAGGUCAUGGAGGAGGUCAGGUCCAACUACGAGAAGGUCGCCGUCAAGAACGCACAGGACCUCAAGCAGUGGCACGAAAAUCAGAUCUCGGAGGUGCAGGUACAGGUUUCACAAAACACAGAGGCCCUUCAAGGGGCCCAGCUGGAGAUCAGCGACUUGUCCAGACAGCUCCAGACCCUAGAGAUUGAACUGGCCUCCCAACAGAGCUUGAAAGCGUCUUUGGAAGACACGUUGAGAGGCACAGAGCAACGCAACAACAAUGAGACGGAGAAGUACAACGGCAUCAUCAUGCACCUGGAGGGGGAGCUGACCAACCUGCGCUCCAACAUCAGCCAACAGACCCAGGACUAUGAGGCCCUGCUGAACAUGAAGAUGAAGCUGGAGGCCGAGAUCGCCACCUACAGGACACUGCUGGACGGAGGGGAUUUUAAGUAAGCUUCAAGAUGCACUAGAGGGGUUGGCAGAAUAGGCGGUUUGUGCUUCAGUGAUCUUUGCACAAAUCAGCACUUUCAAAAAAUUGAAGAAGAAAGAAAGAAGAAAUUGAAAAAGUCGAUCUCUGAUUACACAAACCAAAUUAUUGUUUUGGCUGAAUCUUCUGCUGACCAAUAAAUUCAAUGGAAUCAAUUCAUGAAA